AUGAGACACCAAUGCGGUCGAAUAACUCCUGAAGGGGAGUUCCUCAUCAUCGAGGGCCGCAACGCCCAGAGGGGGGAGUUGCCCUGGCACACCGGGAUCUACUCCAAAGUGACCACGCCGUAUAUGCAGAUAUGCGGCGGCUCUCUGGUCAGCACCAACGUCGUUAUAUCAGCCGCCCAUUGCUUCUGGCAAGGCCAGCUUAGACAGCCGGCGUCUAACUACGCGGUCGCCGUCGGCAAACUGUACCGGCCUUGGAACAACCCGCGAGACACCGACGCCCAGAAGAGUGACGUGAGCGAGAUCAAGAUACCGGCCCGGUACCAGGGCUCCGACUCCAACUUCCAAGAGGACAUCGCUCUGGUAGUGCUAACGACCACGAUAGAGUACAGGACCUACGUGAGGCCGGUCUGCCUCGACUUCGACGUGAACUUCGAUAGGCGACAACUGCGCGAGGGGAACAUUGGCAAGGUCGCCGGCUGGGGCCUGACCGCGGAGAACGGCGAGGCCUCGCAGGUGCUCAAGGUGGUCGACCUCCCGUACGUGAAGAUCGAGACCUGCAUCGCCCAGUCGCCGCCCGGCUUCAGAGAGUACAUCACCAGCGACAAGAUCUGCGCUGGCUACGGGAACGGCACGGCGCUGUGCAAGGGCGACAGCGGCGGCGGGCUCGCCUUCCCCGAGUCAGACCGCGGCACGCAGCGCUACUACCUGCGCGGCAUCGUCUCCACGGCCCCCAGGAAUGAGAACCUCUGCAACGCGCACACGCUCACCAGCUUCACCCAGGUGACGAAGCACGAGCACUUCAUCAAGGAGGCGCUGUUCAUCGAG